AUGAGGCGCCGUGAGAGCUCUGCUCCGCUCCUGCUUGCUGUUCCCCUGACCUCUCGCACCCACUUGCACCGCCACACUGCUCGCCAAGGCACCAUCUCACCAUCUCAAACCCUUCCCUUACCCCCUCUCCUUACCCGUACGCACUCCCUUUUCACUUACCUCCUCCCACUCCUUUAUUCACUCCCUUUUCCCUUGCCCCUGCCUCUACGCCUGCCCACUCUCCCUUCUCUUACCCCCUCCCCCUUCCCUUACCUGCUUCCCCUCUCCCCUCCUCUACCCCUCCCCCUUCCUUUACCCGUAUCCCCUUCACCUUCACUUUUCUCCUCCUCCUUCCCCGUUCCCCUACCCCUCGCCUGA